AUGGUCGACAUCCACAAGGUCCGCCGCUCCAACACCGAAUACUUCCCCAACCUCCCCUUUGUCGCCGUAUUUGUAGGCGGAACGCAAGGAAUCGGACGUUACGCCGUCGAGGAGCUCGCAAAGCUCUACUCGCAGCCCAUCCUGCGAGUCUACAUCCUCGGGCGCAACAAAACGUCAGCAGACGAGGUGCUCGCAUCCUGCCGCCGCCUCUGUCCGCACGGCAAGUUCACCUUCGUGCAAGCUCGCAACCUCGCGCUGCUGGAAGACGUCGACGCAACAUGCGCCGAGAUCAUCCGACUCGAGCGGCAAGAAGAUCAUCCGCGCAUCGAUCUACUCGUCCAAACGCAGGCGCAAAUCCACUUCGGAGCUCGACGGGACACGCCAGAAGGCCUGGAUCAGCAGCUGUCGCUCCUCUACUACUCCCGAAUCCGAUUCAUCACCCAGCUCAUGCAACUCCUCGAAGCGUCAACGGUACCAAGUGGAGCGCGAGUGGUUUCCAUCGACGCCGCCGGUGCCGAGAGCAUCCUCCUCCGCGAUGAUCUGUCCCUCCGAGACCCUCAACAUUACAGUAUCAUGAACGCCAAGUCUCACGCCGCCUACAUGACCACCAUGGCCUUCGAGCACCUCGCCUCCCAGCACCGGCGUGUAGGCUUAGUGUACAUGUAUCCUGGCCUGGUAUUCGGGCCCGCACAUUACGAUCCGCAGCUCCCGUGGUGGUUUAAAGCAGGGCGAAUGCUGUUGGAGCCGCUGCUGCGCUGGUCUUUCGCCACACCCUCAGCAGACUCCGGAGCGAGGACUCUGUUUCUUGCUUCUGCUUGUUUUGCAUCCGCCCAGAACUCCUCGUCGGGGGAGCUAGCGCCAGGGACUGACGGCUCUAUCGGCAGUGGAUGCUAUGCGGUUGGGAGGCUGAAUGAGAAUCUUGCCACUGACAAGUAUACCAGAAAGUAUGCCACGCUUAGGGACGAAGAAUUGAUGGACUUGGUUUGGAAGCAUACAACCGACGCGUUUGAUACCAUCUCAGGAGGCAACAGAUUCGACUCAUAA